AUGAAGUCUUCGUUGUUACUCUCGGUAACUUUAGCGUCAGCUGCGGCGGCAUUAGAGUUCGUCCCGCGAGAGAAUCCAAAAGUAGUCCUACUCGAUACACAGCGCCGCAAUGUCAUUAAUCCAAUCGCCCAUGACCGGUUACGAAGACGCCAAAAUACCGUUCAAGAGACGCUCGACAACCUCGAAACUCUGUACUUCGCAAACGCAAGUUUAGGUACUCCACCGCAGAACUUCCGACUACACAUCGAUACCGGUAGCAGCGAUCUUUGGGUCAACUCAGUCAACUCAAAUCUCUGUAUGCAAGGCGGGAACCAGUGCGGAGAGUCGGGCACGUACAACGCAAAUGAAUCGUCUACAUACAAAUAUGUCAAUGGCGUCUUCAACAUUUCCUAUGUUGACGGAUCAGGCGCAUCGGGAGAUUAUGCCACAGACACGUUUCGUUUCGGAGGCAAGACAUUGAAGGACUUGCAAUUUGGUAUCGGCUAUGUUUCGAGCUCGACAGAAGGCAUUCUCGGCAUCGGAUACCCCAUCAACGAAGUCGCCGUGGGCCGCGCUGGCCUGGACCCUUAUGCUAACUUGCCUGCAAAGCUCCGCGAUGACGGCGAAAUCAAUUCCAUGGCUUAUUCCCUGUGGCUGAACGACUUGGACGCCUCGACUGGAAGCAUUCUGUUUGGUGGCGUGGAUACCGAAAAAUUCAGUGGCCAACUGCAGACGCUGCCCAUCAUUCCUGAACGGGGCCAGUUUGCCGAGUUUGUCAUUGCUUUGACUGGAAUGGGGGAGAACGGCAACGAUGGUUCUCUUUUCAAGGAUGAAAACGUACCUGUUCUUCUCGACUCUGGCUCGUCCUUGAUGUACCUGCCUGAUCAGGUUGCCAAUGCGCUGUACCAAACCUACAACGCCCAGUAUGACUCCUCGCAAGGUGCUGCCUUUGUCAACUGCGACCUGGCCAACAAGCAAGGCUCGGUCGACUUUAAUUUCUCCGGCGUCAAAAUCUCUGUUCCGCUCAAUGAACUCGUUGUCCUUGCCGCCGUCAGCCGCGGACGGCCCAUCUGCAUUUUCGGAGUUGGCCCAGCCGGCAACUCCCUAGCCGUCCUCGGAGACACCUUCCUACGCUCUGCAUACGUCGUCUACGAUCUCGAGAACAAUGAAAUCUCCCUCGCACAAACAAACUUCAAUGCUACCGCGUCAAACGUCCAGGAAAUCAAAAAGGGCACUGAUGGCGUUCCCAAUGCCAAGGAUGUUCCUAAUGCGGUGUCCACGGCUGCGAUUGGCACCGGUGGACCUAGAGUUAACGGCCCUAGCAUCACCGGGACAGUCUUACAGUCUCCUAGUGGUGCUGCUCCACCAGCCGCAACCGCAAAUCCUUGGAUCAGCGGUGCUGCCAUUGCCGGUGCUGGUAUCAUGAUGGGCUUCAAUGGCUUCUAA